UUCAUUCAUUCCACCGGUUGGAAAGUGGACAGCAAGUGGUACUACCAACAAACACUUCUUUUUCGAUUCUUCAUAUCAAAACCAACAAAUCUUUUGCUUCAAACUUCGAGAAUCAAAACCAGAUAGUUUUUAAUAUGGAGGCUACAAAGAAACAUAUCAUCAUUCAAGAUGGGUCUUCAAUGUUUUAUCAUCAACCAUCUUCAGUCCAGCAAAUGAACCUCUCUGUUCAGACAUUUGAUUCUUACUGCACACUUGAAUCCUCUUCAGGCCCCACGUCUCAUCCUUGUCCUGACAACCCCACUUCUUCGACCACAAGCUUUUCCUCUAACGGAAGCCCAGUUUCACAAGCCAACAACAACUCUCCUUUGAGCGGUUCUUCUUCAGCAACAAACAACAACGAGACAGAGCUUAGUCUCAUGCUUAAAGACCUAGAGACUGCAAUGAUGGAGCCUGAACUAGACAACAACAGCUUCAAUAGUUAUGAGUUUGGACAACAACAACAACAACAAUAUAGAGCUGUUUCUUCAGCUAUGGAGAUGAUGAUCUCCAAGGGAGAUCUAAUAGGAACCCUCUACGAAUGCGCCAAAGCUGUUGAAAACCACGACGUGGCAAUGACUGAUUGGUUAAUCUCUCACUUACAGCAGAUGGUUUCGGUAUCAGGAGAGCCUGUUCAGCGCUUAGGAGCGUAUCUCCUCGAAGGGCUUAUAGCUCGGCUAGCUUCUUCUGGUAGCUCAAUCUAUAGAGAGAUGAGAUGCAAAGACCCGACAGGUCCUGAGCUUCUUACCUACAUGCAUAUCUUAUACGAAGCUUGUCCUUAUUUCAAGUUCGGUUACGAAUCUGCUAACGGAGCCAUAGCUGAAGCUGUGAAGAACGAGAGUUCUGUGCAUAUUAUAGAUUUUCAAAUCUCUCAAGGUGGUCAGUGGGUGAGUUUGAUACGUGCUCUCGGUGCUCGUCCUGGUGGACGAGCACCGAGAGUGAGGAUAACGGGGAUUGAUGAUCCUAGAUCGUCCUUUGCUCGACAAGGCGGUCUUGAGUUAGUUGGACUCAGACUUGGGAAGCUUGCUGAGAUGCACGGCGUGCCGUUUGAGUUCCGUGGAGCUGCUCUGUGCUGCACUGAGGUUGAAACAGAGAAGCUUGGAGUCAGAGACGGUGAAGCGCUAGCGGUUAACUUCCCGCUAGUUCUUCACCACAUGCCUGAUGAGAGUGUAACAGUGGAGAAUCAUAGAGACAGGCUGUUGAGAUUGGUUAAGCGUCUGUCACCAAAGGUGGUUACUCUAGUGGAGCAAGAAGCGAACACGAACACUGCGCCGUUUCUUCCGCGGUUCGUGGAGACGAUGAGCCAUUACUUGGCGGUGUUCGAGUCCAUAGAUGUGAAGCUCGGUAGAGAUCACAAGGAGAGGAUCAGCGUGGAGCAGCAUUGUUUGGCUAGGGAAGUGGUGAAUCUUGUGGCUUGCGAAGGGGUGGAGAGAGAAGAGAGGCAUGAGCCGUUGGGGAAGUGGAGGUCGAGGUUUCGCAUGGCCGGGUUCGAACCGUAUCCGUUGAGCUCGUACGUGAACGCGACGAUCAAAGGGUUGCUGGAGAGUUAUUCGGAGAAGUAUACACUUGAAGAGAGAGAUGGAGCGUUGUAUUUAGGGUGGAAGAAUCAGCCUCUUGUCACUUCUUGUGCUUGGAGGUAACAACAACAAAAGGAAAAGAGAAGAUAGUAACAAGUUUGUUUCAGAGGUUAGAUAAUGUUUAUAAGUUUGCAGAUUGUGUUAUGUGUCAUGAACCGAAGAAACAGUUGUUCAGAUGUAA